UUAAUCGACAAUCGAGCGCUCGUUAGAGUAAAAGUGUUCUGUGACUGUGGUUCUGUGCGUUCCUCUCGUUAGAGUAAAAGUGUUCUGUGAUCGAGCGAAUCGCUUUUUUCAUAGAGUUUCACUAGGCUGAUUGGCAUUCACUAAAAUCGCAAUAUUAUUUUCAAGCAAGUAGCAACAUAUUUUAGUCAAAAGUGAUCAUUUAAGACAAAAGUUAAAUAGACAUUAAAGUCUUCAGGAUGGUUGUUUCACCAUUAAGUCCCGCCAGUGAUUCCCAAAGCGUAGAAACGAAGAAGAACAAUAAUGAGAUUAAAACAUCUCAGUCUGUUGCAGAUACUAGAGCUGAAUUAGCUGAAUUAGUUAAACGAAAAGCUGAAGUAGCUGAAACAUUAGCAAAUUUGGAAAGACAAAUAUAUGCUUUCGAAGGAUCUUAUUUAGAAGACACACAGCUCUAUGGAAAUAUUAUUCGAGGGUGGGACAGAUAUCUAACUACAAAUAAAAGUACCAACCCUAAGGCAGACAAGCGCAACAGAAAGUUUAAAGAAGCAGAGAGAUUGUUUUCGAAAUCUUCUAUUACUUCUAUGGCUGCAGUUAGUGGUUUAGUUGAGGCUGGAGAAACAAAAAAUGAAAGAAACAGUGAAACAGAAUCACAUAUUAAUGAAGACUCUUCUGACACUCAAAUAAGUACUGGCUUAAGUAUUGGGUCCUUGAAUCAUACUACUAUACAUGGAUCUACAGAAAGCUUAGCAUCAAAGUCCUCAGGAAAACAGCAGAGUAAUGGCAGUAUAGAUAAAAGCCCAUCUAUUGGAAAACCUUCUCAAAAGCUUCCUACUACUAGCAUACUGCAAAAAUCAUUCUCAAGUGAUUCUAAAAUCAUUAUGGGUAUUGGUCUUGAAAGCAGACCAGGUACUCCAAAAGAUAAAGAUAUUAGUGUGAGCCUCUUAAACAAAGGAGACACAACACCUCACUCUUUGAAACAUAAAUUAUCGAACAGCAGUAGUAAUAGUAAUGUUAAAAAAAACAAUAAAAAGGCUAGACUACGCUAGAAAAAAGUUACAAUGAACAUUUAAAUUGUAUAAUUAUUUUGAAUCUGCAAAAACAUUGAUGUCGCCAGUUCUGUAAACUUUAAUAAUGAUCACUCUAGUUAAAAUAUAUAAUGCUGACCCAAGUAAUUAAAAAAAAAAACAAUAAUUAAAAAUUUUCGGAUAUAAAAAAUAGAUGCAACCGAUUCUCAGACCUACCAAAUAUAUUGUACUACGAUUAUUGUAUUUGAUUGCCAUCUUGCAACCCUAUGGCAAAUUUGAGGAUGGAACAGAAUAAUAUAAAAAUCGGGAUCCAAAAAUAGUUGUAGAUUUUAGCAGGGCGAAAAUUUGAAGUUGUCUGUAUUUUUCAAUACUGAAUCAUAUUAAAGUAAAAAUAAAAAAAAAUCCAAAAAAUAAAAAAUAUAUAUCACCGUAUCAUUUAGAGGUAUGAAAAAAAGAUGUUGGCCGAUUCUCUUACCUACACAAUGUGUACACAAAAUUAAAAAAAAAUUGGUUCAGCCGUUUCAGAGGAGUUUGGUAACAAACACCUGGACACAAGAAUUUUAUAUAUUAGAUAGUAUCCUAAAGAAGUACUUUUUACAUGUAUUUAUAAUUACCAAAAAAAAACCAUGUUUUCAAUAACAUAAUAUUGUUAGCUCUAAAUAAUUAAUAAGCUCUUAAUAAGAAUGACAAUCUUCUUGCCAUUUCUUCUCUAAACUUUUCACAUCACACAUUAAUUUUUUGAUUUAUAGUAAUGAUUUUCUUUUUGUUUUUUGAAGCUUAAUAAUUAUUGUUAACUAUACCUAGAUUAUUAUUACCUAUUGCAUUUUAAAUGGGAGCUAUGAUCUAUAUACCUACAAGUAUGAUGACAAAACAAAUGAUUUUGAGGCGCAAUCAAUCAACUACUGAAUGUACCAUUGGGGUCAUGGGUAAAGUCCAAGGUAGUAGUUAGGUAGGUUUUUUAUUUGGAUUGCAUUGAUAUUUUUUUGUGAAAUUUAGUGAUAAGUAAAUAUAUGUUUUACAACUGAA